AUGGCGAACGUAGAGAUUUCGCUGCCGUUGCCCGUCCUGCCUGAGGGAUGGGCCGGCGAAAAGGACUUCAAGGCCAUCGGCCAGCUGAGUGAUGCAACCGACCGCAAUAUUGAGCCUGUUGGCCCGCACUUCCUGGCAUAUGCCCGCAGAAAGCGACACAAGCGCACAUUCUCCGAAGACGACCGCAUUCAGGCCCAGGCCAAUGUCAAGAGUGUUGAAGAGGAGGACCCCGACGAUGUCGACGAGCCUGAAGACCCUCUGAUGUUGCAGCGUGAGGCCAAGGACUGGAAGUCCCAAGAUCACUACGCUGUGCUCGGCAUAACCCGCUACCGAUGGCGCGCCACCGACGACCAGAUCAAGCGCGCACACCGCAGGAAGGUGCUCAAGCAUCAUCCCGACAAGAAGGCAGCCAAGGGUGGAACCGAAGACGACCAAUUCUUCAAGUGCAUCCAAAAGGCCCACGAGGUUUUGUCCGACCCAGUCAGGAGGAGGCAAUUCGACUCGGUCGACGAGGGCGCUGAGGUUGAACCACCUUCCAAGAAGGAGACGCAAAAGGGCAACUUCUACAAGCUCUGGGGCAAGGUCUUCGAGGCCGAAGGACGCUUCUCCAACAAGCAGCCAGUUCCCAAGCUUGGCAACGACAAGAGCACCAAGGAGGAGGUCGAGCACUUUUACAACUUCUGGUACAACUUUGACAGCUGGAGGACAUUCGAAUACCUUGACGAGGACGUCCCCGACGACAAUGAGAACCGCGACCAGAAGCGUCACGUCGAGCGCAAGAACACGGCUGCCCGCCGCAAGAAGAAGACCGAGGACACUGCACGUCUGAGGAAGUUGGUCGACGACGCAUUGGCCCUGGAUGAGCGCAUUAAGAAGUUCCGCCAGGCUGAACACGCACAAAAGAACAAGCGUCGUCUCGAAAAGGAGGCGGCACUGAAGCGCGAAGCUGAAGAGGCCGAGGCCAGGAAGGCUGAAGAGGCCAAGGCUGCAGCUGAGAAGGAGGCCGCUGAGAAGGCGGCCAAAGCUGACAACAAAAAGGCAAAGGAGGCGGCCAAGAAUGCGGCUAAGAAGAACAAGCGUGUUGUCCGCGGUGCUGUCAAGGACGCAAACUACUUCCAUGGCGCCGGAGACGCACCUGCUUCUCAAGUUGAAGCUGCUCUCAACGACGUCGAUCUCCUCAUCACAAAGAUGGACCACGAAGAAUUGGCCGAGUUGACUAGCAAGCUCAACAACGUCAAGGACGCUGGUAAGAUCAAGGAGAUUUUCACCGAGGAGGCCCAGCGUCUCAUUGGCGCUGCGAAGCUCACACAGGGUGAGCUCAGGGCCCUGGUUUAAAAAUGCCGCAUCUUCACCCACUUCUUGAUAGACAUGUAGACUUGACUCGGAUAACGACAAUUGAUGCUUACGAUGCCUGUGCCAA